AUGUAAGGAGUUAGUGCAGUGUCAGGAAAAAAAGGGGGAGGAGGAAAUUUAGGUACUCUAGGAAUCCCUAUUAAUCCAUUUUUUAGCCAAUCAAAAAAAAGAAGUCAAGUAGAUUAACUAUUUGAUAAAAAACCACACUUUGCAUAUUUAUAGAGUGCAGAUGGCUGUAGUGAAUAAAUGUAAUUAAGCAGAGGAUAAAAAAGUUCAUAAGAAGGCAAUGAAAAUAAUUAAAUUCCAUAAGAAGUAAACUUAAAAAAUGAAAAGAGCAAAAUUUAAGAAUUAGACUAACAAAAUCUUGAUAAGAAAUAAGCUUCUGCUGAAUUAAAAUAAACUAUUUAAGAUUUUAUACAAAUUGAAGAAGAUUAAAAUAUUUAAUUGGGUAGAUUCGAAGAUGGUAGAAAAACAAAGGCAUAUUAUUCAAGAUUUAUUCUCAUAGAUCAAGCAAUAUCUUCAUUUUCUGUCCUAUCAAUAAUUAUUGCUGUCUUAGAGUACGACCUAGAAUUUAAUGCAAGAGAAGAAUUUAUUGCUAAAGCUUUACUUUAUAUGACUUUUCUACUCACAAUUGGUAUGAUCACUCUCACUGUUAUUAGAUAUUAAGCUAAAUUGGAAUGGCUGAAAACUAGAUAAGCAAUUUCUUAGAAAGCCAAUUUAAUUACUUCUGGAUAUUUAAAGUCGAUGAUCAUAGAAAUUAUAAUAUCAGCUGUGCAUCCUAUGCCUUGGACAUGGUAAGUUCGUCUUAGUUUUUUCAAUGAUCCUACUUAAGCUACAGCCUACUAUCAUCUUAAUGAAAUAUUUUUACUGAUAAUGCUUUUGCGAGUCUUGCUAAUCGUUAGAACUCUUUUAACUUGUUCUGUUUGGUAUAAUAAUCGUACAUAAAGAGUUUGUAAUAUGUAUGCUGUAGAAGUUGAUUAUUUGUUUACUGUUAAAGGAAUUAUGGAAACACAGCCAUAUGCUCUGAUUAUUAGUGCUUUAAUUAUAUCUAUUUUAUAUUUUGGUUUUAUGAUAAGAAUAUGCGAAGCUCCUUUAUACAGAAACUAGACUGAUGGUUAACUUUUACUUUACAGCUUCUCGAACAGUCUUUGGGUUAUGUUAGUAACUAUGACAACCCUUGGUUAUGGUGAUUAUUGUGCUAAAACUAGUUUAGGGAGAUUUAUUACAUUUUUAGUCUGUAUUUGGGGAGUGUUUAUUGUUUCUAUGAUGGUAAUUACUUUAAGUAAAACUUUAGAAUUAACAACUCUUGAGGAAAAAUCUAUCGCCGUUCUAUAGAGAUUGCGUUAUAAGGAAUUAAUGAAAAAUCAUGCUGCCAGAUCUUUAACUAUACUUGCAAAAAUAGGCCUUGCAAAUAGAAAAGGAUUGCUCUAAGGUUAACAUAAGAAGGAAUUACAAUCGAAACUUAGAGAUGCCUUAAAUAAAUUUAUGAAAGCACUUAGAGCGUAUAAGAGUAUUGUAGAUACCAACAUUAAUGAAGAAAUGGGCAGGCAAUUUGACUUUUUGAAUGAAGAUUUAAUGUAAAUUUAAAGAGAAUAAAAUGAAAUGCUGAUGAAAAACAUUUAAAUGAUGCAAUAAUUGUAAAUAGAUAAAUAGUAAAUAGAGUAUUAUGCAAAACAUUUAUCAAAAAAUUCAGUGCUCUAAAUGAAAAGCAGCAAUGAAAAUAAUGAAAAAAAUAUAGAUACAAACUUAGAUUUUUUAACUAGAAAUAAUUCCCCUAAAAUUGAAUGUAUUCCUAGUUCAAACUAAAAGUUGUUACAUUAAGAUUAAACAAAUAAUUAUAGAGAUUUCUCAGAUUAAAAAAUUGAUUAUGUGGUAAAUAUUUUUACUGAUGAAUGA